AUGUCCAACAAGGUUUCUGAACUCCCUCUUUUUUCUCAAGUUUCCCUCCACUCAUCUUCUUCCUCUCUUACGUCGCCCCCUUCCCCUUCUUCUCCUUCUCCUUCCUGUGCCAUCGCCUUCACCGGUCACCCUCGCCGCCAUCGCUCGACCAAUGCUCCGCCUCCCUGGAAAGCCUCAUCGCCGCUGCCGCCACCGAUUCAGGAAGACGAUGCUCACCAAACCCUCACCGCUCCGCCUCGUCAGCAGCCAUCAUCCGCAGCCUUACGGAAUUUCAGUCAGCAACCAUCGUCAUCCGGGAUCCAUCUCCGAUCUCCCACCGCCGGCAGCCACUAUCCAUUUGGGUUGAGGGUUAAAGGGAUUAGUGGUGAAGCUCGGAGGUCAUGUCGGGACAAGUGCAUAAUACUGCUGCUGCAUAUAUGAUAUAUGAAACAUGAUAUUCGUGGAUUGGAAAAUCAGGGUGUUGAAUUUUGGAAACAUUCCAGGUGGUUUGGUGAAAUAUUGCUAGAUGGAGAUAGACUCUAGUAAACACAAUAGAUCAUGCUUCCGCUAGUUGUUCUUGUAAGUUUUUGUCAUUCCAAUUUUGUUUCAAGAUUUUCACGUGAAAAUCUAUUCAAUAUCUUCAAUUCUAUAAAUAGGUUAAUGAAGGGAGUUAUAUUGUGGUUUAAAAAGUGGACUUUUAUUUUUCUAAAAAAAAUCAUUUUAUUGACGAAAAUAUCUGUCACUAAAUUAAGACUGAAAUAGUAUGUGGGUAAUCCCCACUUUUCUAGUAGUUGUCCUCUAUAAUCCUUUAAAACGUCGGAUUUGUCAAAAAUCUAUUUUUUUUAAUGUUUUAUAAUUCUUUUUCAUAUUUCAAAAUAUCUUGUGUAUCUGCAAGUACAAGUUUGACUUGUGUUUCAUGUGUUUUUAUUCUAAAAAAGUAAACACUUUGUGACCCUAUUUGGCUUUGGAUGUUAAAGUUCAAGUUAGUUGGCUGACAAAGUUUUUGCGAUUUAGAAGGCAAGGGCAAUAUGGUCCAUUUAUUUAUUUAUUUAUUUUUUACUUUUUCCAGUUUUUCAAAAAUAUAUAAGUAAAAGAAAAAAACAGAUUUGGGCAAAUCUAAUAUUAUAAAGGAUUAAGGUCAAAUACAAUAUUUAGGUAUUAUGUUGGACACAUAUAUUUUGAUGUUUAACAAGGACAUGCAAAAUUGUCUCAAAAGUAAAACAGGCCUCCAAUAAAAAUAAAAAACAGACGAAUAAAAAAUCAAAACACACCUGUAUAAAAAUAAAAGACACGUGUAUAAAAAAUCAAACCCAGUAAGAACACCAAGUUUUCUCUUUUUUGUCUGGCAUCACACUGGCAUAUGCUUGGAAGAUUUUGAGCUUGCGGAAAAAAAAGACAUUUUUUUUUUGGAUUUUAAUUGGGUUUGUAGGAGGAUCUUGGAAAAUUUUCUAAGUGGGUGAAAGAAAGUUUCAAAUGGAGACAGAGAGAAAAUUAUAAAAAGAAAUGUCUGCAACUAUUUGUUUAUGUUGUUAUUUGUGAGUAAAAUAAAUAGAUUAACAUCAGAGUUUUAAAACUGCAAUGUUGUAAUAGCUAAAAUUGCAUAGCAGUUUCUUUGGGAAAAAAAAACUGUGUAGUUAUUAAAUAAUGACAUUUGGAAAACUGGUAUUAAAUCGAUUCAACACCAAUUAUUGAAAUAAAGAUAUGAACUUACCUUACAAUCAAUAUAUAAAUAGUUAUUUAGCUAUGAUUCUUUAAAAUGAGUAUACGCAUCCAUCGCCCAUUAGAAGGGGGCCGCAUACAGUUUAAGUUGGUUGACUUCAGAGGUCAAAGCUGAUCCUUCCUUAUUGGGAUGAAAACAAAAAAAUUGCUUUAAAGCAAAUUGGUAAUUUUGCUAUAAUACGUAGAUUUUUCAACAACAAAAGUUUGUUGCUAUUUGUUGCUAUAGUUAUAGAUUUAUAAAAAUGAUAAGCUGUAAUAGGAAAAAUUGAAAGUAUGAUACUAUAGUAAACAUAGUAUUCUUGAGUUUUAAAAGUCUAGCAAAAAUGCAUGUAAUAUCAAAGUGGAACUUUCCAAUGAAUUUAGCUAAUGGUGAAACAUAUGAAAGUGAACUUUAAGUGUACUGUUGGUCUGGCCAAGUGGGUUAUAAUUAAUACCAACAGAAAGAAACAAAUCGAACUUUGGAGUACAUGUUUUCCAAUUGGUAGAGAUAUUUUUAGAUGUUCUUGGUUAUUAUGAAAUAUUUAUACGUGGAUGAAUCAUUUGUUACCUGUUUUAUACUUUUUUUUUAUGCAUUUUAGAUGCUUUAAGGUUUAGAAUAUUUCUAAAGUUUUCAUCUUCGACAUUUUAAGCAUGUAACCCAGAGAAACCAUAAUACAGCAUUAUCAAUAGUGCAUCUACUAGCUAUGAUGUAAAAGGAAAAGCAAAUUCAUAAUUUAUUUUAUAACUAAAAAUCGAAAGGAAAGAUUGGAAAGUGAAACCAACUCAAGAUUGGGUAGCUUCGAAGAAGGAAUUAUUCCACAUACAACAUUCUUAUAAACUAAGGAUAUUAUCAUCAAUCUUUGAAAGUGGAGGGGCGAUAAACCAAAAAAAAAGGAAAAUAAAAAGAAAACAAUAAUAAUCAAAGUCUAUUAUCAUCGCUAUGUAUAAAUCGUUGCAAGUAAUGGGAAAAGAAAGGAUGGAUUUAAGUGAGGCCAACAUUAUUUCAAUGUAUACUAACGGGUCUAAUGAUUCGAACAGUCAACCCUCAAAAGCCCAGAAAUAUUCAAAAGUCAAAAUAGAUUCAGUAAUGAAAUUGGAUUUAAGAAGUAGAGUAAAAAAAAUAGGAUUCGAACACCGAACCUGUCUUUUUAAGAUGACAAAAAUCGAUAAUGAUCUACAGAUGCGAGAACUAAAGUUAUUAGCAAUUAACAAAACGUUACUGUUCAUGCCUUGGUAAUUUUUAGUAAUUAGAGUUUGCAACCUUAUUAGAUGUGGCGGAAACUGAAGAAAUGAUUCAAUGGGAAAAAUGAAUAUAUUUAUAUCCAAUAACUGAAAACAAAACUAUUGCACGAGUCAUUGGAAAUUAUUAAGUAAAUUUCAUAUAUUCGCGUACCUUGUAGUCAUAAUUACCAACUUUAGCUUGUAUUGAUAGUGGUAGUGUCCUUUAGUGCUCCAAGAGCUUUUCACCAACUGUUUAAUACAAAAGAAUGAUUUUAAUUGGUGAAAAUCGUAAGAACACGAAAGCUACCUAGAAAGUCCGAAGCUUGACGUUACCUUAAAAUUGUGGAAGUUUGUUAGCGAUAAAGUUUUAUGACGAUAAGGAGUGAGAAGGUUAAAAAAUCUGACUGAUUUACAUGGAUGAUAAGGUAGCUUCUGAACCUUGGAAGCCUAAAUUGCAACAAUUAGCAACAUGUUUUAUUGUUUUUAUUAGUAUACGUAGUAUAAUUUAUUUUUAGCUAUUACGUAAUGAAAAUAGUUAACUUUUGAUCAUAUUGUAUAAUCUCAAAGUAAUAACUUGGUUUAUGCUGCAUGUUCAAUAUUUUAUUAAGGUUGAUUUUGAAAUAUGAUCUUGAUCUAAAAAAAGAGAAGAAUAUGCAAUUUAAAAAAUGUUGAUUCCAAAUUGUCAAAAAAUUUGCCAAGCUCGCCAGUCGCCAGAGAUAUUAGUUUUUAUAAAUUGUCAAAAAAAUGUUGAUUCCACCAUAUAUGUUGAGUUGGCGAAAAUAGAGGCAUAUGCAAUUAAAAAAAAUAUAGAUGUAUAUUAAAAUAUAAGGCAAAUAAAUUUUAAAUAAUAAUGUUUAAGUUUAUAUAUAAUACAAAUGUAAGCAAAAUUCGGCAAUAUUAUUAGAUCUAUGUAUUGACAUUUAACUUGUUUAUUAGUUACCUAAGUAAAAGACGUUUUUAAGCAAAAUGACUUCAUAUCUAUAAAAAGAAAAAUGUUCAACAAUUUAUGUAAAACAAAUAAAAAAAUAUCGUUAUCAUUAUAUGUUUCAGCCUUGUUUUAGGUAAAUAUAUGGGUACUGAUUAUUCCGGCAUUUUUUCAUCCGAGGAUGGAGUUGUUAAGUUUGUCAUGAUCUGGGAAAAUCAUGAAACAGUGGAAAGUGAUGGUGGGGCUAGAGAUCAAUGGUGAUGAGAAGGAAUUAAGAACAAUAAACACAAAGCAAACGAGUCUUCCGUUCUUAUAAAAAUUCUUCUGAAUAGUUUUCUUUGUAUAUAACAUUUUAUGGGAAUUUAUUUGUAAUGAGAAUAAAAUCCAUCAUGGGUGAGCAAAUUGGUCUAAAAGAACCAGGUUCACAGUUGAAAGUCCUUUUGACUUUGAGAGAG